CGGCGGUCGCGGGGACACGCGGCCGACCGAGUGCGGUCGGUCCCACGCCCUGCCCCGGGAGUUCGCUCCGGUCCGCGGCAGGCGCGGGCGGGUGAGUGUGUUGUGCUGGUUCGGGGUAAUUACCAGGAAGAGUUAUCCUCAUCCCGGUCUCAGAGUCCCGCGCCUGAAAGUUGAAGGCAGAUUUUUCUAGAGAUAACAAAGACACUUUGUCACUUUGGGCGCUGCCUCGGUGCAAAUCUUUAAUUGCAAGUGGGGGGCGGGGUGAUCGAGUGUCUAGAGCAACCCAAGCGCGAGUCUCCAGGCGGCAAGGCCCCCUUUGAUCAGGAAAAUCCAAUUAUUUGUGUAUAUACAUUUCCCACAUAGUGAUUACUUCAUUAAUUGUCCCGCCUUUAUCUCCUCCCUUCCCAUCCCCCCUAAUAAUCAGUUCUUUUAUCCAGACCAACAAACACACCAUAGGAGCUUUGUGGAUUCAAAGGAUUUGCUUUCGCUUCUGAAAGAGCCGCUAUUCUUUGAUGAUUGGGUAGCGGCAAACUUCAAAGCCAUAAAUCUUCCCUCUGACUGGCUGGCGGCCCAGCAAAGUCCUUAUCAAAUUCUUGGAGGUGAUCCUGAAGCGCUCAGACCGCGCGCGGGGCGAGCGAGCUGGCGCGGGCGGGGAGGGCCCCGGCACGCAAAGCGGACGCCGGGGAGGCACGCUGGGCGGCCGUUCGUCCUCGCCUUCGGGUGUCCAUGCCUCGGCGGUGGCGCCCCGCUCCACAGCGAGCGGCCUCCAAGCUGUAGCCAUGGCCGCCGUGGCUGUCCUCCGGAACGACUCGCUGCAGGCCUUCCUCCAGGUCAGGGACCGGCCGGGAGAGGGCGGGGACAGGUGGGAAGUGCCUUGCCCACCUUUCUGGAUAUUCUGUGCACCCUGAAUCUCAAAGGGAGUCCCAUCGGCGGGUGCACCUGGAGUCAGACCUAGAGAUGCCCACAUCAACUUCACACCUAACCUGGUGUCAAGAAUGUGGCUGGUGGGGGGGAGGCACGUGAAUCUAGGGGUCCGGAGGUGCGCGAGUGACAGAGAACUGGGCCUCAGUUCACCCUGCUGGGCCCUCCUGCUGAUUUCAGCCUAGGGCGGGCAGAGGAGGAGCGCCUGGGUAGCGCCAAAAAGAAAGCUCAAAAGAUGCGAGAGCGGGAGGAUGGGCCGCGGGACUGUGGGUGUUCCCAGACUCUUACUGACCCGGGAGCCGCCCGUCGGAUCCCUCCGCCUCCUUAUUUGCGCCUUCCUUAAAGGCUGGAUGGCGUCUUUUUGCACCAAGUAGUUUAGCAGGAAGCGCUCGCGCGCCCCGCGUUCAGGUAGCGCAGGCACUAAAAGUUUCCCGGGACCGGUGGGUGUGCGCGUAAGGACCGCACCCCCAGCGCCUCCCCGGACCUGGGCAAGCACUCGCCCCUGGCGCUGCUGGCCGCCACCUGUAGCCGGAUCGGCCAGCCAGGCACGGCAGCGGCCCCGGACUUCCUGCAGGUGCCCUACGACCCAGCGCUGGGCUCACCCUCCAGGCUCUUCCACCCCUGGACCGCGGACAUGCCGGCGCAUUCACCGGGCGCGCUGCCUCCCCCGCAUCCCAGCCUUGGGCUGACGCCACAGAAAACGCACCUGCAGCCUUCUUUUGGGGCUGCACACGAGCUACCACUCACACCCCCAGCUGACCCCUCGUAUCCUUACGAGUUCUCGCCGGUCAAGAUGCUGCCCUCGAGCAUGGCAGGUCUGCCUGCCAGCUGUGCACCGGCCUACGUGCCCUACGCUACGCAGGCUGCCCUACCGCCAGGGUACUCCAAUCUCCUACCCCCGCCGCCGCCACCGCCUCCGCCGCCCACCUGCCGCCAGUUGUCCCCCAACCCGGCCCCCGACGACCUCCCGUGGUGGAGCAUUCCUCAGUCGGGCGCUGGGCCAGGGGCCUCUGCGGUUCCGGGGGGCGGCCUCUCCAGCGCCUGUGCCGGGCCCCCCCAUGCUCCGCGCUUCCCUUCCUCUGCUGCCGCUGCCGCUGCUGCGGCCGCCGCCUUGCAAAGGGGCCUGGUGUUAGGCCCGUCGGACUUUGCGCAGUACCAGAGCCAGAUCGCCGCGUUGUUGCAGACCAAGGCCCCCCUGGCGGCCACGGCCAGGAGGUGCCGCCGCUGCCGUUGCCCCAACUGCCAGGCGGCGGGCGGCGCCCCUGAGGCGGAGCCGGGCAAGAAGAAGCAACACGUGUGCCACGUGCCGGGCUGCGGCAAGGUGUACGGGAAGACGUCGCAUCUGAAAGCGCAUCUGCGUUGGCACACGGGUGAGCGGCCCUUCGUGUGCAACUGGCUUUUUUGCGGCAAGAGCUUUACGCGCUCAGACGAGUUGCAGCGGCACCUGCGGACUCACACCGGCGAGAAACGCUUCGCCUGUCCCGAGUGUGGCAAGCGCUUCAUGCGGAGCGACCACCUUGCCAAGCACGUCAAGACGCACCAAAAUAAGAAGCUCAAAGUUGCUGAGACCGGGGUUAAGCGGGAGAACCCGCGGGACUUGUGAGCCCAUCCUGGCGUGCCCCGAGGUCACUCCCGCCUCAGACCCCCUUCUCAGUACCUCUUGCGGAGGUCCCGGGGUCUGUGGGCAGCAGACUUAGUAGAUGAACUUCAGUUGUCCGCCUCUCAAAGUAGAGCCGGGCUCCCACUUUCCUUAGCCCUAGAAUAGAGGGACGGUUGGGAUCUGGGACUUGUUGGGUCAUGGUUGGGAUCUUGAGUUACCCCAGGAGUGGUUCUAAACUUUGAAUCAUUUCCACCAUCUGGGAGACCUACAGUUGGGACGUAACACCCAGAGCUGGCCUUGUAUAUAGGAAACGCUGCUGAAUGAAAGCGAAAGGACCUUGGGAGAUUCUAAAUAUUGCUCGGGUUUUCGCUAGGAUCCAUUCGGACUUUGUACAGAUUAUUUAAUAGCUUUGUUAAAGAAUAAUUAUAAUAAUUAUAACAUUAAUAAAAUGUUUUCUUUGUCCUCAGCUACACGCAGAGCUACAGCAUGAUAUGUCUCUGUAAAGCGACCAGCAGUUGCAGCGUGAAAAUAAAUACAUUAGGGUCACCUUAGGAAGACCCCGCAGAGUAGAUCUCAUUUGAUCUUUUCUUCUUCCGGGAGGCUUUACAAAGCGGUCAGGUUUCACUGGGAAUUUGAUGGCUCCUGUGUGCUGCAUGUGUCGGCGGCUUCUUUGGCUUGCGAAGUCAUGGCAAGCAUUGGGUGCAUGGAUAGAAGUAGGGCAAGGUCAGAUUUGUAGUAGAGGCUAGGGUAAGAUUUUCCCGUCAGUUUGAGUUUGUCCUGCGGCUUUAGGACUUCACUGUCAGGGUUGUGUUUGCAGAAACCUUUGCAAAUAACAAUAACCAUUCUUUUUCUUAAGUGGCGAAUUCCAUGAGGCUUUCCAUUUGUUGGUACUCUCAGGACAGGUCACAUACAGGUGCUCUAUCUCCCUGGAGUUUGGUUGUACUGGGGUCAGGGAGACAGAUUGUAAGAAUAGAUAGAUGUAAGAAUCUGUUCACAGGGUGAGAUUUUGGAGUUAAAGGGAAAAGAGAAACUGGGGACCCUAGUUAUGGUUGUUCCUUGCCUGGAAGAGAACCAAAAAUAUAACCAUUCCCAGGUGUCACUUCCAUAUUUCAGCCCAGUCAACAUUUACAACUACUGUCUUGCUUGCUUCUUAAUCUUUUUGCUAUGAAAAUAUUAACAAGUCUUGUAUCAAAGUAACUAACUAGAAAUAUCUGGUUAGGCCACAACAUUUAAUUCCAUUUUGUAUCUUGGGAUUUUAUUUUGUUUUUUAAUCAUCAGAGUAGACUAAGAUUAUUCUCAGGGAGGACCUUACAGCUUGGAAAUGUGGAAACAGGAUAUUUUUUAUCUCAACUUCUCUUUCUCUAAAAUUUGAAAUUUUAAAGUUUAUAGUGUGUUUUUCAAGCGUCUCAACUAACUUAUUGGUGUUUGCUAAUAUUUGAAUUUUACACCUGAAACUUGAAUCUUUUUUUUUUAUUCCUGCAUUUUUAUUUUUAUUUAUUUUUUUUAUUGGUUGUUCACAACAUUACAAAGCUCUUGACAUAUCAUACUUCGUGAAACUUGAAUCUUAAUGAACAGUUAAACCUUUUGAUUUAGAAUUAGCAAGAAGAGAUAAAACAGAAAGGAAAUGGCUUAAAUUUUUUUAAUAUUUUAACAUCAUAAAUGACAAAUUUCAAUAAUCUUUUCAUAAUAGAGGUGUAUGUAAAUGGAUAAUAUUUCACAACUUACAAAUUACUGCUACCUUUGUAUUUUGUUUGAAAUCAAAGAGUAAAUGCUUAAAAGUUAACAGGGUUGGUCUUAAGACUUGCAUUAAAUAAUAUUCCAACAUGAACAUAAUUGAGAUGAAAAUUACUUUUAUACUCCUAAGAAAUAGAAUUUUACUAUAUAAUGGACAAGAUAACAAAUGAAUAUUAGAUUCUUUGUGGAAGUAUGCCUUGGAGCCAUUUACUUUCAUUUUAGAUUUUGGAACUAUUUAAUGACAUAGGAAUGUGAGUGGUUCUGUUUCUUCACCUAGGAGAGGCAAUUUAAGCUUAAUUUUCAAGGGUGUGGCAGUUUUGCAAGCAAUAAGAAUAAAGUUGCUAAACAGUAAUAUACAUGUAAAUGUGUAUUCUUCAUCUAGACCUAUUCUAGUUAAUCAGUUUAAUCUUGAUUUAGAUGGAGAGUACACAUUUACUUGUACAACUCAAUGUGAGGAGUUACAGAAACUCUCAUUCCAUGAAGUUACAGAAAGUCUCACACCUGAAACAUGCCCUAAGAUCAACUUCAGAAUCAGAAAAGGUUUCUUGGCAGGUGAUGGGGAAAGGAAUCCUUGUGAGAGAGUGAAAAGACUAAGGGCUUUGAACUCAGGAAAUUUGAAGUGAUUAUCACAUAUGAGAGAAUGCCUUUGGUAGAAAAGAAAAACAGCAAUUUUGAAAUGAGUCUAAUGGCUAUUACUGACAGGUAUGAUUUAUAUAGUAUUCAAAGGGAUGAAGUGUUGAGAAUAAAGUUCAGUGAAAAUAGCUAUAAAGUGUGGAAUUUAAAAUCUAAACCGAUGAGGUAUUGAAGAUAGUUUUCUUAUAACCAUGUGUUUGUUUAAAGGACAAGGUAAAAGGUAUGGAAUUUACCAAAAAUAAGGCACAUACAAUUUUAAAGCAAAACAAAGUCAUUUAUGGCAAUAACUUUUUUUCUUAUGGUUGAGCUUAAUAGAACCUACAAAUAUUUUUAACUACAGUAAAAUUCGUCUUUAACUUGAUAUAGCUGAAAACAUGUUGCUCAUUUACCACUGCAAAUCUAUACUCUAGUUACGUCAGAAAAAAUUAUUUAUGCCAUUUUCCAAGUGGAAAUCAAGAAGCCAUAAUAAUGUGAUAUUACUAUCCAAGCAUAGUAAGGAAUUUCAUGUUGAUACUGAAAAUAAGAUAUUAAAUGCUCAAAUGCAAGUUUGAAAUGUAUUAGUUUACAAGCUGUUAAAAUUUGAACUGCUGCUGUAUACUUUUUCAGAAAACUGCAAUCAGAGUACAAUUUAAAGCAUGAAAAUUAUUUUUAAACAUACCAGUAUGCAAGAAUUAAUAUUAUACAUAACAUGCAUAAGUAUCAUUGGAGCAGAAAAAUUUAAUGAAAUUUAAAUGAGAAUUUUGGUAGCAAGCUACUAUUAAAUUCGACUAAAUUUUUAAAAUUGGGGUUUGCCAGCAUCCAAAAACCAAGUUUAAUUCACCAACUUUAUUUGAGGCUUUACAUAAAGAUAGCACACAAUUCAAUUAAGU